GAUUUUACUUUCCCUGCGACAAUCAGGGAUUGUUUCCAAAAUCAUUUAAUUCUUGAUUCUCUUUGAAGUUGUGAACUUACAUGGCCCUUCGAGAUUCCGUUUACAGACGUAGCACUAACUAAUUUGCCCAUUCUCCGGGGUGGUAUGGGACUUGAGCUCACAAACCUUGCAGGCUAGAUGUCUGGGUAGUAAGUACAUUCUCAAGAGUUUUGCCUCGGACUAGUAGGGCUCCCGGCAUGGAGGGUAGAGACCCAGCCCUGCGUCCCCCGCUGAUGACUAACAUCUCCGGCCAGCUGUUGACCCUCCGGAGGGGGCACCAGAGCUCCUUCUGGGAAGUCAGUCCUUUUUGCAGACAUGAGCCCACUUAUCCUUGUGAAUGGGCUGCUGGGGCUGCCUGAUGGGCUGGCUGAGAAGGUGAAACCCUCGGGGGUGGGCUUCCCGGGUGAGAGGGUCCAGGCUUUCCCCUGCUGUCAAAGGCUGCUGUGUCCCUGGGUCCUCUCCUCCCCGCCUUUCUCAUGAUCUGGCAGUCAGUCAGAUCCGGGCCGGUCACCUGCAGACGGGGCUGAAUGACCUGAGUGUUCUGCAGGGCGAAUCCUGCAGACAGGGACACUCUGAGCUGCACGGUUCCCAGGAGCCCACCACUGUGGCUCUCUGCUCCGUGGGACCUGGUAACUCACAAAACUUUUUCUUUGCUUACAAAAGUUUUUUUUUUUAUGUUUACUGGGAACUAGAGAGCCCUUUCUGUGAACACAGCUAGGGAAACAUCUGGUGGAAUUUGUUGUUGCAGCUGCUCUGUCCACAGCCUUCUCUCCUGCUUGGAUCUUUCUAGAGACCCAGGAGAUGCACUUGCCGCCCUGCCUUACCCUCUUUCAUUCCCACUGUAUCCUCUUCCCCGGGCUAUGGGGUCAUUUUUCACUUUUUACUUAAAACUUGCAUUGGCUUUAAAUUCAUUUGCCCUAUUUUUUUCAUCUUCAUAAAAUCUUUUUUCUCCUUAAAUUGUCCUUUCUUCCUCGUGGCCCUGACGCUCUUCCUUAAGUGCUGUGUUCUCUCGGCUCUUAGAGACCGGCUUCUAGAAGCUGGCUACAGAUUUCUUCUGUGCAUCCUGGCAAAUUGCUUUCAGAGGAAAGCAUUUACUUGCUUGAGAAACCUUUAGAGGAGCCCUUGUGUCUUGAUCUGCGGUGUAUUAUCCGGGGGUCAAACCCUGCCUUGGAACGCUCACCCUUCCUGAGGCAGAGGGGAAGGCCAGUAUAGACUUGCCCCAGGUCCAGAUUACCUAAUUGCAGCCACAAAAUAAAGCGGGAGUUCAAAGGAACCUUCUAUGAAAUUUUACGGUUUUAGCAACGUGAUGGUUUUAGGAACCAUGACGAACUUUCCCAGACCUCUCCUGUCAUCUCUCUCUGCUAAGAGCUUCGCAAAUUGCCCACCCACGUUGAACCACCCACAAAACCACUUACCAUCCAGCAGCCAUUCAGCAAACACUCACUGAACGUGCAUUUACUCUGUAUCGGGCCCCGUGGUGGGAACUGGAGAUUCCACGGUGGGCCAGGCAGACCCCGUCUCCACACUUGAGAGCUGUUUUGAGAAGUGGGAGUGAGUAGAGCAGUCACUGUGAGGGGGACCCCCACUUAGCUUUGGGUGAUGUGGAGAGGCUCCUGGAGGAAGCUAUGUGCGUAGAAGGUCCAGCGAGCCUGAGGGACUCUGUCCUGCAUCCACCAGAUACCCACUGUGCGGGGCUUUCUGCUCUGUUCCGAGCAGACCGGCGAGCGAGGGCAUCCCUGCUGUGGGGAGCUAGGCAGCAGGCAGACGCUGGAAUUACAGCAUCAUGUCACAGGAGUUACUGCUCGGAAAGUCCAGUGGGGUGAGAAGUUGGAGGGUCUCUCUGGUGCGGGGGCCAUGGUUGCUCAGGCAGACCGGGAAGGCCCCUCUGAGUGGGGGCAGGUUGGGCAGAGAAAUGAGAGACGGGAGAAGAAAGCAUUCCAGGCAGAGGGCUGGACCCGUGGGAAGGGCCACGGGGCUGCAGGGGCGUGAGGGAGGCCUCCAGCCUGGAGAGGAGAGCGGAGCCCUGGGUCUCAGAGCCUCAGAGGCCGUGGGAAGGAGUGUGGGUGUUACUCUAGGUGUGAGAAGAAGCCAAGUAGGCUUUAACCAGAUUAUGUGUGGGAAGGGCAGAGAGGGUUGGACGAUCGGCUGUCAGGAGGGAACUGUGGAGUGGACGGACACCGGGAAGACCAGCCCCGGGACACGAGGAUGCUCGCUGGGGAGGUGGCCGUAAGAGCUCUCCAGGCUUGGAGCUGUCUUUGAAUCUCAGAGUAGAAUUGUCCUCUGUGACUAACCGUUCCCCACGCCCAGGGUUGUGCAGAUGCACAUAGGCCAGUGCCACCUGACCUAUCUCGGCACCCCAGAGCCCUCUGAAGCUUAAGGACGUAGAAGGAAUGAUGGAAUUCGAGGGUCGCCCGUCGGCAGCCAGCACAACCACGGGUGUCUCCCGCAAGAAUCCUUAGGGGCUGCCCAGUCUGGCGGGCAGGGGUCUGACGGGAAACAGGAGGGCGACCUCAGCUCAAAAUACUUCCCAGCAAAUUCACAUCAUCAUUUCCAAGGGGGCAAACCCGUAACUUUCCGCAGAGAAAUCUGGCAGAGCCUACCUUGACCAAGUGAGCCAAGUGAACCCACCCGAGAGCGGGGCAAGGCGACAUCAUGUGCCCCUGGACAAAGACCCAGGUGGCUUCUGAGUUCCUGCCAAAACCCAAAGCAAGGGACAUUCCACAGAAGAACUGGUUAGGAUUCUCUGGCAGGUCAAGGUCGUGAAAGACCAGGAGAGCCCGAGAGGCUGUCCCAGUGUGAAGCUGAGUGAGGGGAUCCAGCCCGAGACACCACGCAUGAUGGCAGCUUCCUGGUGCCCUACCUCGUCAUGCUCAUUGUGGAGGGCAUGCCUCUGCUGUACCUGGAACUGGCCGUGGGGCAGCGCAUGCGGCAGGGAAGCAUCGGCGCCUGGAAGACCAUCAGCCCCUACCUUGGUGGUGUCGGCCUGGCCAGCGUGGUGGUGUCCUUCUUCCUGUCCAUGUACUACAACAUCAUCAACGCCUGGGCCUUCUGGUACCUCUUCCACUCCUUCCAGGAUCCCCUGCCAUGGUCCGUGUGCCCGCUGAACGACAACCACACGGGCUACGACGAGGAGUGCGAGAAGGCGUCCUCCACGCAGUACUUCUGGUACAGGAAAACUCUCAACAUCUCCCCGUCCAUCCAGGACAGCGGGCGCGUGCAGUGGGAGCCGGCGCUCUGCCUCGUCCUGGCCUGGCUGGUGGUGUACCUGUGCGUCCUGAGGGGCACCCAGUCCACUGGCAAGGUGGUAUACUUCACCGCGCUGCUGCCUUACUGCGUGCUCAUCAUCUACCUGGUCCGGGGCCUCACGCUCCACGGAGCCACUAACGGCCUAGCCUACAUGUUCACGCCCAAGCUGGAGCAGCUGGCCAACCCCAAGGCCUGGAUCAACGCGGCCACCCAGAUCUUCUUCUCCCUGGGCCUGGGCUUCGGCAGCCUGAUCGCCUUCGCCAGCUACAACGAGCCGUCCAACAACUGCCAGAAGCACGCCAUCAUCGUGUCCCUCAUCAACAGCUCCACUUCCAUCUUUGCCAGCAUCGUGACCUUCUCCAUCUACGGCUUCAAGGCCACCUUCAACUACGAGAGCUGCUUGAACAAGGUGAUUCUGCUGCUGACCAAUUCCUUUGACUUGGAGGAUGGCUUUCUGACCACCAGCAACCUGGAGCAGGUGAAGGGCUACCUGGCGUCCACCUUCCCCGGCAAAUACAGCGAGGUGCUCCCGCAGAUGAGAAACUGCAGCCUGCAGGCAGAGCUGGCCACGGCGGUCCAGGGCACCGGCUUGUCUUUCAUCGUCUACACCGAGGCCAUUAAGAACAUGGAGGUGUCCCAGCUGUGGUCAGUGCUCUAUUUCUUCAUGCUGCUGAUGCUGGGCAUUGGGAGCAUGCUGGGGAACACGGCGGCCAUCCUCACGCCUCUGACCGACAGCAAGGUCGUCUCCAGCCACCUGCCCAAGGAGGCUAUCUCCGGUCUGGUGUGCCUCGUCAACUGUGUCAUCGGCCUGGUGUUCACCAUGGAGUCUGGCAACUACUGGUUCGACAUAUUCAAUGACUACGCGGCCACGCUGUCCCUGCUGCUCAUCGUGCUGGUGGAGACCAUUGCUGUGUGUUACGUGUAUGGGCUAAGGAGAUUUGAAGGUGACCUUGAGGCCAUGACCGGUCGUGGCCUGAACUGGUACUGGAAGGCCAUGUGGGCUGGCGUGAGCCCCCUGCUCAUCGUCAGCCUCUUUGUGUUCUACCUGAGUGACUACAUUCUCACGGGGACCCUGCAGUACCAAGCGUGGGACGCCUCCCAGGGUCAGCUCGUGACCAAGGACUACCCUCCAUACGCCUUGGCCGUCAUCGGGCUGCUGGUGGCCUCCUCCAUCAUGUGCAUCCCCCUGGUGGCCCUGGGGACUUUCAUCACACGCUGUCUCAAGAGGGGAGACACGCCCCCCACGGCCUGAGGACUGGGCUUCCCAGAGACCAUGCUCAGCUGCUCCCUGUCCGGCAGCUACGACUUAUAGACGGUAUCUCCUUGGCUGCUUGGGACAAUAUUUGCUCCAGAAACACUCAGCCUGUUGUCUUCCUGAGUUCGUCAAGAAGGACCGUGGAGGAAGAAGGUUCCCUUGGGAGGACCCACACCCCACCAGCGGAGCAGCCCCUGCUCCUCUCUGCGCCCCUCCUUGUCACCAGAGAUGCAGGCUUUUCAAGACCAGUCUGCAAGACAACUGCUUUCUUGACUCUAGGGAAGCCUAGAAUUAGGCCACACUGUGAGCUGAAAUUUGACUAUAAUUUUCAUGGAAUAAAAUUUAAGUGACUUUUUAUUUCUUCUGAAGAAAUCCAAAAAUAGGAGAAGGCAGUUGUUUUUUAGAUCAGCUGGAAGAGAGGUUUUCUCCAAGUGCCUGAGAUGACAGCCGAAUGUCACUGGUACAAAACCAGGUGUCUCUUUUGAGUCCCCGUGAAUAUGUAACUGCUGGGUCCUUCACUAACACGACUGACUGGCCAGGUGGAAGGAAGCUUUUGCUGGGGUCCAAAAGGGGCUCACUUCUGUGCAGAUCUGAGGUCUCUCAUGGUGGGUCCAGGCCUGGUCCUCCCAAUUACGGUGCACAACCCCAAACCACCCGAUAAGCCCGUGCAGAUGGCCCCUACCGCCGGGUGUUGGAAAAGGUGCCAGAACCACUUGUGGGUGAGCGUACAGCCAACUUGGUGUUCUAUUUGGACAUGGCGGCCAACUCAUUAGAGCAAAGACCAUGAACAUCGCUUAUAGUCCAUCUUAAAUUAUUUGUACAUAGGUUUUCUAGAGUGUAUAAAACAGAGCCUCUUGGAACUGAAGACACCAUUAUUUAUGAUACAGCCAUCAGUCCACAGUGCCAAUGUCCCCCGUCUUUGACCGCAGUAAGUAGGUCAAGGUUAUCCCUAAGCGGAGAGGGCCGCUUCCUGCCCUAACAUUCUGUGCUUCCCCGACAUACAGGAUUCAGGGAAGUUUCUUUGGGUAGAUUUGUACAAACAUCUUCACAGACACUUAAUUGGGGCAUUAGCUGGAGGGUUUUUGUUGGUGGUUUUUGGUUUGUUUUUUAACUUCAUUUUCAUGGCUCUAAGUGUCCUAUGUAACAAAAAUAGGCAUUAGGAAGGUCUUUUGCCUUCUUUGAUAGCCAUCCUAUCAAUAUUUCACAACUUCACCUCAUUAUUAAAAAAAAAAAAGUCACUUGCCUCUAGAAUGCACCAGCAUUUCCUAACCACAAAUACUCAGUCCUCUGAUUUUUUCAUCAGAGGGUUUAGGGCCAACAAACCUUACCUACCAGGGCUUGAAGGGCAUACAGCUCCAUGUCAAAUACACAGCACAGUCUGUUCUGAAUCUCUACAGAGAGGAACCGCCCCCCUCCAAGCUCACAGGCACAGUCAUGGUCUAGCAACAUGGGCCACCCAGGCGUCAGUGGGGUGUGUCAGCCCUAAAUGCCAAGUAGCCUCAGGACCAUGGGGGCUGACGCCGUCCUCAUUCCUGUAUUGAGUUACUGUAUGUCCCUGCUGCUACCCCUGGCCACCCAUCCGAACCGCCUGGGAGCAAGGCUUGCUGUCUCCCCAUGCGUACCCAGGCCCCGCCCAGAGCCAGCCCAGCCCGAGGACCAGGGCCCCACAAUGGGUCAUGCAUUUAGGAAUACUUACAUCAAAAAGAACCUUCAAACAUUUAAAAGCAUUUUUGAGUCCUUCGAUUGUCAUGGAAAAGCCACCUACUCAGAAUAAUUUUUGUACCCCAAGCUGGACAGAUGAAAUUCUGCUGUUCUAGAAUAAUGUGCUCGAGCUAAAGGCCUCGGGUUUUGGUUCAGUUUUAUUCUGGUUCCUGUAAACUUCAUGAAGGGCAGAACAGUUCUCAAGCAUCCUCUUGAAGCCGUAGUUAAGUCCUGUCUCGAAAAAAUCCUUGGUUGACCAUUUUCAGGGUAUUGCAUGGAAGUGGUCAUCUGGCGUUCGUCCACCUGCCUCCCAGAGAGCUGGAGGGGGAAAAGCGAUGUUCCGUCCCUGUCCACGUGAUAGUCACCUAGAUGCCAUGGCCAGAUCGCGGGCUCCAGGGAGCUUUCUAUUAAUGUUAGAGACAUAAUGGCCCUUGGCUUAGCUCUAAGAAAUCAGGGACGGAACUAUCUGGUGUUUAGCCAUUGUCCCCAUAAUAAAACCCUAGACAAGUAUAUCUGUAAGGUUUUGGUUAUGUACUGGCUGCAGUUUUAAGAGCUCUCCACACAAGAUUUUCCUGCAUUAUGUAAAGAGACAAGUUGAUUUGGGAAACAUGACAAAUAAAGGAGAAUCCAGCCAGUGU